AUGGUUCUAGUCCAUAUAAAGCCAGUGAUGGAAUGUUAUGCCAAUGAUGUUUUAAGGCCUGCACGUAUCCAUGCCAGCGUCUGUCCCAGCCUCUGCAGUGCCCUGCUGGCACCAGCCAUGUGUUGGAUGCCUGUGGUUGCUGCAAGGUAUGUGCCAGGCAGCUGGGAGAGCUCUGCUCCCUGCAGAAACCCUGUGACCAUCACAAGGGACUCUACUGUGGCUUCUCCAAAAUCACAGAGGCAGUGGGAUCUGCUUAGGAUCUACCACAAUGGGGAGAGCUUCCAGCCCACCUGCAAGCUGCAGUGCAUCUGCAUGGAUGGGGCCAUUGGCUGCAUCCCACUCUGCUCUGAGGACCUGUGGCUGCUGUCCCCUGAGUGUCCCAACCCUCGGAGGGUGAAGGUUCCCUAUAAGUGUUGCAAGGAGUGGCUCUGUGAGGAGGGCAGCGAGGAAAACCACUUGGAAACAGCCAUGGCAGUUUUCAGGGAGUAUCCAGCACAGAAGCCAGAGCUGAAUAACCUACAGGAGAACUGCUUGGUGCAGGCCACUGAGUGGAGUGCCUGCUCCAAGAACUGUGGCAUGGACAUCUCUGCCCGAGUGACAAGCAACAACCCCCAGUGCCACCUGGAGAAGGAGACCCAGAUCUGCAUGGUCUGGCCCUAUGACUUCUCCAUGGAGAAAACCAAGAAGGGGAAGAAGUGCGUGCGGACCCUGAAGCCACGGCAGAGCCUCCACUUUGAGCUCUCAGGCUGCACCAGUUCCCAUUCCUACCGGCCCAAGUUCUGUGGCAGCUGCACCGACGGCCACUGCUGCAUCCCCUAUGUCACCGGCACUGUGGAGGUGGAGUUCCACUGCCCUGAGGGGGACUUCCUCCAGCGCAGGAUGAUGUUCAUCAAGACGUGCUCCUGCCACUCUGACUGUCCCCGAGAUAACGACAUCUUCCUGGCCACAUAUCAUAGGAGAAUGGUUUGAGACCAUGUCAAGACUGAGAGUCUGUAGCCUUCUCCAUGCUGGAUCCACAGGCCAGGGUGUCAGGAGGGCUUUGCAGAGCUAUUGUGGCUGUGUCCCAGGACAAUGCAGCGUCUUCCCCCUCUGUGAGGGGCUGUGCUCUUCAGAACUUCAUCAUUCCCCAACAGUAGUUCCAGUGGCCUUCUGAGGUGUGUGUGGGAGCAGCUCUAUUCGCCCUAGGCUCCUGACCUUCACUUAUGGUGGUGCAG